AUGAAUCACAAAAACUGGCUUACUCGAUCAUUGGAUGAUAUGCCUAGAAAAGAGGAAGACAAAAAGGAACUAAUAAGGUUUUGGAAUGAGUUUUACACUUAUUUAUUGCAAAAUACUAACAAGAGUGGACAACAUGGUAAGAGUCACUCAGUUCAGUAUAAGGAAACCGCCUUCGAUAUUUUGGAAGAAGCAAAAACAAGAUUACCAUUAAGUGUAGAUGAAUUAAGUGAGAUCCAAAAGCAAAUUGAGGAGAUUACUAUAUGGUUCGAUGAGAAAUCUAUUUUUAGGUCAGCUUCCGACAUAAUCAAAAUCUUAAUCAGGGAAAAUGAGGAAAGUGCUAAGGAUUUUCUCAGGAGAAGGCCAUUCGAAAAGGAUGAUCUUGAAUUGCUUUCAGAGUUCGGUCAAUAUACGAUUGAGGCAUUAAUAGUUCAUGUACUAAGUAUGUUUUUUUACUCAGUUGAAUCUAACUCACUAAUUCGUGUUGCUUCUUUGGUUGAACAACUAGAGUCUAGUGUCCGUCACCAAGCUUCAUUAUUGAAAAGCGGCAGGUGUAAUAAACCGUUUUCUAGUGCCACGAAUGAUUUCAAAGUGAAGAAGUCUGGUAAGGAUAGGAAAAGAUCCAAAUUGGUGAUGAUGUAUCCCUUCGGUUCCGGCUUAGUUCAAUUCAUGGAGGAAAGGAAAUUGAUCAGUUUAGUGACUGAUUUGAGCGGUACUGUUCGAGUGAAGAAGAAGAAAGGAUCUUAUUUUCUUCCAAGCCAUCUCUACGCAGUCUGCAACUUUGAUAUUUCAUUACUACCGAUCAAGCUCAACCUGCCUAUGGUAUGCAAACCUCGAGAUUGGACGAGUGCCUGCCGGGGUGAUCAAAAUCCUAGAUACCUGUCCGAUCUAUCAGGGGGUUACUUAAGUGGGCCAACAGGUGGCCUAUAUGAUCGUUACCGCCUCUUAAGUUCAGGUGACAUUAAUCAUUUUUAUAUUGAUAUUGGAAGAGAAAAGAAUUACGAGAAACUGUGUCUUGUAAUGAACAAGCUGCAGGGUCAGGCCUUUCAAAUCAACAGUCAUUGGUUGAAAUGUCUUAAAUAUAAUGAGGACUCAUUUGUUGAAUCUGGUUUACUCAUGCCAAGAUUUCUAUCCUCUAUGAAUAUCAAAGAUGUAUCCAACUUACUUAGAGAGUUUCACAUGAAGGAUGAGGUUAUUAAUAAAUUAUGUAACUUUAGCGAAUUGUUACAUACUUUAUCUAAGAACAUACAGCGUUCUCGUUAUGAGAAUUUGAUUAUGAAGCUGGCACAAGCCUACGAAGGUUAUCAUUUUUAUUUGCCAGCCUUUCUCGACUUCCGAGGUCGAAUCUACCGCAGUGGUGUCUUGCAUUUCCACGAGCGUGAUCUAGCAAGAAGCAUGAUCGUCUUUGCGGAUAUCAAAUCUAGUGGCAAUAUUGACAUGAAUGCAUAUCUCGCCGCAGCAGCCUUCCAUUACAAGUCUUUCGUCUCUGUCGACGAGGCAUUAUACUUUUCUAAUAACAACUUCUUGCAGCUCAGUCAUGAUGAUGAUCUUCUCAUGUACGCUCGGGAGGCUAAACGCCCCUUUCAGCUCUUCGCCCAUCUAAUUGGAGUUACCUCUCCAAAUUUGAAGGUUAUUACGCGCAUCCCUUUAACCCAAGACGCCUCAGCGAGUGCAUAUCAGAUUAUGAGUUACUUUUUGUUGGAUGAAAGCCUGGCUUCGAGAACGAAUCUCAUCCCAUCUUUGGAUGGAAAAAUCCAAGAUGUUUAUUCAUUCAUCCUCGAAGAUCUCAAGGUGUUCAUGAAAGCAGAACUGGAUAAUAAUCAUCUAUCAACGAUAGUUUGCAAUGUGCUCACUCGUAAGCUAGUCAAAGGUAUCUUUAUGCCUAUGAUCUAUGGCAAAACUUUAAUGAGCACGGCCAGCGAUCUAAAAGACACUCUCUCUCGCUUCAUCACUCAUAAGGAAUGCUUCGAUGUUGCCUCUGUCUGCUUUAAGUUCUGGAGGACGCAAUAUCAGAACACGGAAUGCCUGAUCCGGUUGAUCCGCCAUAUAGGCUGGAUCGCGUCUGCUAGGGAUAGCCCAGUUUUCUAUAGAGUCCCUUCCUUUACCACGGUACAGGAUUAUAUGAAAAUGGAUCCCAUAAAUGUAUGGUUUUAUGAUGGACUUCAUAAGAAGAGGCGUCGGGUGACUCUCAGAGUUUCUUCUUCUAAGAGAGAUCGUAGGAAGACUGAAAUCUCUACCUUCGUAAACUUCAUCCAUCAGAGGGAUGCCCAUAUUGCAAUGAAAGUAGUAGAAUGUAUGCUUGAAAAGGGUGCGCCUAUAUACACAGUACACGACAACUUUAUAACUACAGCUGAAUAUAGCUAUUUUCUACCAAUAAUUUAUAUCAAGGUCAUUUGUGAGAUGGGCCCUCCACUUUCAAUCCUCAACGAGUUCAUCUAUAUGAAUAUUAUGAAACCUAUUGUCAAAGUGGAGUCAGCUGGACCUCAUGAGGGUUACUUUGCCGAUAAGGUAAUCUCAAAAGAGAUUCUUCAUUAUUACUUAAAGGCUAAUGUACCUGAGAACAUAAGCAAGAAGAUGAUGGCAACUUGGGAAGAAAGGAUCUCGGGAAUACUGACCUCUUACGAGAACUAUACUCGUUAUGUAUGCGGUGAUUUUCAAUCCCCUAACCCUAGGGAUUGUUUUCGAGCUCAUGAGGAAAAGUGGGAUAAAUUCAAGUCAAAGCUAAUAAGCGGGGAGGGAAAUUACUACUGCAUGAUGGCAUACACCACAGACAGCUCAACUACUGGACAGUUAUUGAAUCGCUUGUAUAAAAAGAUUGAACGAACAACACACCAAGAUCCGCAUCUUGGGUUAAUCAUUGCUUCACAUCACUUCAUCGAGCCUCCCCCUCUUGUUAACGAGAUUGACCUACUCUGUCUUGCGACCAUGUCUCUCUUAAUCCAGUUUGCUUACCCAUCCUUAUCUGGUUACGGUAAGUUCACAAUUUCCUUUACCAUGAAGCGAUCUUACGGAGAGGAGAUCUCAUUUACGCUAGGUCCUGCUAUCCCCUUGACUGAUCCCGAUGGUAAGUUAAUUCCAAUGAGUGAGGUCUAUGCUCAUAUAUCUCGAUCAAUUAUGAAAUAUGCAGAAAUCUACAACGGAGAUUAUAUAGUUCGACUCAUGAUCCGAGUCUAUAUGGACGGCAAAAAGAUGGAUAGGCCAGCCCUAUCUUCAGAGGAGAGAGAUAGCUCACUUUCUUCAAUCAUUCAAGCCGGAUUGAGUGAGAUCGAGCCAAUAACAGCAAGAGAGAUCCGAAAUCGUAAUCGUAGCUAUCCAACCCAUAUCACAGCACUCAAACCAUGUCGCACUGAGCUGAAACCAUUCAUUGUAGCCGAUACGGAGACUCUACUGAUCGAUAAUGUUCAUAAGCCUUAUGCUGCAGGUCUCUUGAUGGUUCGUCCCGGUGAACAGAUCUAUGAUAUUCUGAUUGAUAGCUACUUCAGUGAAGACUACUCUAUAAUCUUGGAUUCCUUUGAAGAAAGGAGUACUAAGGUACUUUAUGACUUGGUAUUAAGGAUAUCAACGAUUGUUAGACAAGAACAAUCCCCUUUAACAAUUUACUUCCACAACUUCUCUAGAUUCGAUGGAAUUCUCUUGCUUAAGCACCUAGCAUGUCAUCACAAGAGCUACAAGCUAAAACCACUGAUGAGGAACCAUAGGCUAUACGAGUUAGCUGUCUAUUCUGGUACGAAGAUGUUAUUCCGCUUCAGAGACUCCUUGAAUCUACUCCCUGGCAAACUUGCCUCCCUAGCUAAGAAUCUAUGCCCGGGUCUUGGCCCGAAAGGCUCUAUCGCAUAUGAUGAGGUGACACUGUCAAAUCUGGCAAGUAUGAAAAAGAACUUGUUAGACUAUAUGAAGCAGGACAUCCUUCUCCUUGGAGGUGUAAUGCAAAAAGCUCAAGAGAUAUAUUGGAAGCUGUACAAGGUGGACAUAGAAAGCAAGAUAACCCUUUCCUCACUUGCUCUUAGCAUCUUUCGUAUGAAAUACUACGAUGCUUCUAAUUGGCCAAUCCACAUCCCAAACAAGAAUGAAGACAGCUUUAUAAGGCGUGCCUACUACGGUGGUCAUACAGAUGUAUACAAGCCAUAUGGCGAGGACCUAUACUACUACGAUGUGAACUCUCUCUAUCCCUUUGUAAUGAAGGAAUUUCCAAUGCCUGGUGGUGUGCCAGUCUGGCAUGGAAAUCUGGAAGGCAAGGACUUAGAUAGCAUGUUUGGCUUUAUUGAGGCAUAUGUGGUAUGUCCGAAGACUAUCAAGAAGCCCUUUCUACCCUAUCGAGACAACAAGAAGAACACUCUCAUCUUUCCAACCGGGGAAUUUGUUGGAGUGUACUAUUGCGAGGAGUUAAAGUAUGCAAGAGGCCUAGGCUACACUGUAAUCCCAAUCUCAGGCUACCUCUUUGAGAGGAUGGAAAGCCCAUUCAGGGACUUUGUUAGCUCACUCUUUGAGAGCAGGUUAGAGGCAAGGAUAUCAGGUAAUGAGGCCAUGUCCUAUGUGUACAAGAUCCUUAUGAAUUCGCUAUACGGUAGAUUUGGCAUUAACCCUAAAAGCACGACAACCGAGGUCUGCGAUAAAGAUCGAUACAAACAUUUGAUCAGGCAUAGUGAGUUCAUCUUCGGUGAUAUGCUUAGCGAGAACAACUACAUCGUUGCCUACCAUAGCAAUACCGAGAAGGGCUCAGAUUAUUGGAAUCCACCGAAGAACUCUGCUGUCCAACUAGCUGCUGCGAUCACUGCCUCUGCUAGGAUCUAUAUGUACCCUUAUAUCUCAAGAGAGGACUGCUACUACACGGACACAGACUCAGUUGUGCUUGGUCAGCCACUACCUAAAGAAGUGAUUUCUUCUUCUGUCUUAGGUAAGUUUAAGCUAGAGGACAGAGUCAUGAAAGGAUACUUUUUAGCACCGAAAUCCUAUUGCUACAUCGCAAUAGGUGGCUCCAAUAUACUCAAGUACAAGGGACCAGCGAAAAACCAGGUCAAUCAAGAAUGGUUUGAGUCACAGUACGCGGACCCAUCUCGUACAAAACAGGUACCGGUGGAAGCCAACUUCCGGAUUGAUUGGCACACUCUUAACAUCAUCAAGAAAGACACAAUGGUCAGGGUUGGGCUUCAGCUGGGGACCAAGAGGAUACCAGUAUAUCACAGAGAUGUCUGGGUGGAUACUGAUCCAAUUGAUAUCCAAGACUUGUCUAGCCAGGAAAACAAAAAAAAAAUCACUAGGGAAUGCUUUAAUACAACUACAGACUGA